AUGGCGACAUGGGCCAAUUCAAGUGGCAAAAUUGAUAAUACUGAUAAAAAUGACCAUAAUUUUAAUAAUAUUAUUGUAACACACGAUUUACAGGAUUGUAUUGAUGAUUCUUUGGAUAUUUUACCAUUUGGACAAUAUGAACCAUUAACCACAUAUAAUUUUCAAACGAAAAAUCAUGACAGCGAUAUCGAAAAUUCCGAUAGUCAAAUUAUAAAUGAUGGAAAAUUUCAUAAAAAUUUUGAUAUUCCUAAUCCAGAAUCUGCUAGGGAGGAUGAAGGAAGAUCAUCCGACAUCGAUCAUGAAUCAACAAAUGUUGACUUUUCUAAGUCUGUUUCAAAUAAUAAUAUCGUUAAUAAAGAUUCGGAAAAUUCACAAAUAACACAAAAUCGAUUUCCUUGUGAAUAUGAAGGUUGUACAAGAAAUUAUAGUACUGUCGGCAAUUUACGUACUCAUAUGAAAACGCAUAAAGGCGAAUAUAAGUUUAAAUGUGCAGAACCAAAUUGCAACAAAGCUUUUUUAACAUCAUACAGUUUAAAAAUACAUAUUCGAGUUCAUACGAAGGUAAAACCAUUUGAGUGUGAAUACAACUAUUGUGAUAAAGCCUUUAAUACACUAUACCGUUUACGAGCUCAUCAAAGAUUACAUAAUGGAGAUACUUUUAAUUGUGAUCAAAAAGGCUGUCAAAAAUAUUUUACCACUUUGAGUGAUUUGAAAAAACAUGUUCGUACGCACACACAAGAACGUCCUUACAGAUGCGUCGAAGAAGGUUGUGGAAAAGCGUUUACUGCUAGUCAUCAUUUAAAAACACAUAAACGUACCCACAGCGGAGAACGUCCCUAUUCAUGCACAAUCGAUACAAAUCAAUGUAAUCGAGCAUUUACAACGCCACACAGUCUGAAAUCCCAUAUGCGUACACAUCGACAAAAAAUGGAUCCGAAUCAAACAACUGUUGAUGAACAAAAUCAAGAUAAUAUACCAUUUGAAUUUUUAACAUUGAAUAAAGAUGAUCAUGAAGUUGCUACCAACUCAGUUGCUGAACUUCAAAAUUCUGCUUGGGCAAUAAGUGGCAAAUAUCCUAUUUCAUCAAACGAACAACAAAAUGAGAAAAAUUUUCAAAUUGAGGAUUUAUUCAUGAAUAAUGAAACAAAUAAUGCAACGAAUGUUGAUCUUUUUGAUAAUUUUACUACAGACACAGCAAGUACACAAGAUAAUAAUUCUAAAAUAAAAUCGAAAAAUUUGGAUCAAAUUUUAAAUAAUAUUGGUUCUACAAAUAAUGAUACUCAAAAUGUUUUACACGAUAUGAUGAAUUUAUUACAUAAUACAAACCAAACAGCAGUUGAAAUGUCAAUAGCACACGAAGAAGAGCUUCCAAGUCCAUGGAUUGAUGUAAGUGCCUUAGCCACAACGAUACCUGCCAAUCCUGUAAGCAUUUAUGAGCAACAAAUGAUUGAUGAUACUUUGAAUUCAUUGAGUGCUGUUCCUACUGCCAUUCAAUCUUAUAUUGAUUUACAACCGAAUUAUGUAUCACCAAAAUUAUUAAACACACAAGAGUUCGUCGACACAGCACAACCGAAACCUUUAACCACAGCUCAAAUGAAUGAAAUUAAUUUUGAAGAGCAAGUUAUUAACACUGAAUUUGUAAAUUUUGAAGAAAAUUUAAUAACUCAAGAUAAUAAUAUGGAAUAUUUAUUAAACACAACAUAUGAGAAACAUUCACCACCGUCAAACUUAUUGAAAGAUAUUACUGCCGAUGCACAAAUUUGUAGUUGUUCUGAUUGUAAAUGUGAUUCAUAUUCGAAUUGUCAAAAUUGUGAAGAAAAUCCAUUUAGUUCAGAAUUACUUGUUGCUCAACAAAUACCUAUACAAUAUAAUCCACCUGCACCGUUCGAAGAAAAACCAUCGAAUAAAGUAAAAGAAGAUGAUGAUAAUGACUUGUCAUCAACAAAAUGGCCAUCAGAAUGGUCCAUAGAUGAAUAUCAACAGCCUUCAUCAACAGAUACUACAGUCACAAGUCUGGAGGGUUAUCACCCGAACUCUACAAUCAGUAACAACGAUAAUAAUAAUGGAAUCCAUGUUUGUAAUUGUACAACACAAACUGAUAAAUCAAUCGAUAAAAUGAUUGAAAAAGCAAAUUCAAAUGGAUGUGAAUGCGAUAAACAAAGAACAAAUAUAUUGAGUAAUUGUUCUGAGAAGGAUCUUUUAAAAGGAAAAUGUUGUAUUACGGUUUGUUUAAAAACACUCAAUCAAUUACGCCAAAUGUUUAAUUUGGCAAAUAAAUGUUGUACACUAAAUGCUUUAUCAGUUUUAUCUGGAAAACAAUAA